AAUGAAUCCUUUUUGUUGUUUGUGAGCUAUGAAUUACUAUCAAGAACGAAGACGACUAUUCGAUAACGAGAAACAAACAUCUUACGUAAAGAGCUGGAUGUGACCUGGUGGAAAUAUUGUGGAGCUGCAGGAGGCAUGAAGACCUACUAUAUGGAGGAUUUUACCCAACUGGAAACACCAAAGUCUUGUCCUGCUCAAUAACUGCCCCUCUAUUUUCAGUGCUGAUUGCUUUUCAGUCAUUUUUUUCCCUUUUCCUGCUGAAGUUCUGCUAUCCUGGGGGUUACACACUUAUAACAUGUCCAAGCCUAAACCUUGACAGCAACAAAUUCCCAACACAGCAACUCUACACUUGCCUUAAAUGUUCUCUUCAUCUACUAUGGGGACAUCAGUCUCCUGAAUCUUCUUUAAAUUCUUAAACAUGUCCCAUCAUCUUUAUAACCCCUAUGUCUUAGGGGAUGGGAGUUUUACACAGGGCCAGUAUGAGCUCACAAGUAGGCAGUCAGAGAGGGACCUCUGGAGGGCACCGCAUCACCAUCAUCCUGGAUCCAGCUUCAGUUCUUCAGAAGUUUCUUCCAGCUUGGGAGGAACAAUCCCACCCCAACCAGAAAGCUGCAUGUCUGAGCAAAGCAGGGCCGUAUCAGAUAAAGACAUAGUAAGCUCUGUAGACUUUCAUAUUGGCAGAGCCAGAGAAAGAUCGAGACAUCAGCCAGAAGGCCAGGAUGUUUAUAUGAGCAGCAGCCCUGAAAGAGACAAGUGUCUGUCUUCAGGCAAAGAACUGACUUCAUAUCCCGAAUUUUCAACCUUUCAAAGACACAGACUUUCUGACAGUGAUGGUAGCUCAUUGAGCUUGUGUCCCAUCUACAAAACCCCCAUCAGGGAGAAUUCCUCCAAAAUAUCUUCAACAUCAGCAUCAUCUAGCUACCUAAGCAGCUGUGACCGUCAGUUUUAUGCCUCCGAUGAAAGACAGCGGGAUGUGCAGGCCAUUCCAGGGUUAGGUGAUGACGGUGAUCGUGUGCCAGACAAAACUAUGUCCCCAAACAAAUCCCAGCGUCCCAAGUAUACUCCUGAAAUAGCUGUUAACAUCCUUCAGAAGUUUGGACUUGGAAAAGAGGACUUGGAGUAUCUCCUCUCUUUCCCCGAAGAUCAGAUCACCUCUGAUAAUCUUCCUCUCAUCUUGAGAGAGAUUCGCAUUCAAAAGGAGAAACGGGCUUCAACUACAGAUCAGUCUGAAUCUGUCUCUGAACUCCAGCGCGCCCCAUCAAGUAUUGAUAAACCUAGUAAAUUAAUUGACUAUGGACAUACUGGCAAGUAUGCUUCAGUUGGGGAUGAGACUGGAAGAGCAAGUCGAGUCUAUAGUGGUGGAAAUGGUUCAGAGCUGGGUAGUCACCGUACCAGUAGUUCCCGUAAAGAACUGCAGCAGAAAAGUCCACCAGAGGUGAAAAACAGUUCCUCGAUUUCUUCACGCUAUCAAAUGGGAUCUGUCUCCAGUCUCAGCUCAGCGAGGAGCCCAACCAAGCAACAGCAGACCCAGUCAAACCACUUUUAUAAAAACCUCCUCACGUCUUUCUCUGUAGUUAAUGAAGAUAUGAAUACAAGACGUACAGAGACAGAUCCUGGUAAAUUCUUUGCUUUAAAUGAGCCAGAGCCAGGUUGCCACUUGAAAUCAAAAAGCAAACCAUCCAAAAGUGAAACCCAUGAAGAAAAGCCCUUCAGUGGUCGGCGUGAAACUAAAAGACAUGAGGUCGCUGAGCGGAUGAAAGGCAAGCGGCGACGACGUUCUCCUCAGGAGAAGGAGGAGAAACAUAAGCAACUCAAGGAAAAGGAAAAAUCAAAGCAACAUUUUCAGCAUCAGAAGGCACCAGAAGAAUUGGGGCACCAGCUGCCAGCGUUUCACAUGAGCCAAGCUUUCCAGCCUCAUUAUUUUCCCGCUUCACAUCCAGUUCCUCCACCUUAUUUCAUCCCCGGAUAUGUUGCUCCCUCACCUUCACCUCAGGUUAUCCCAGGCGCGCUGGACUUCUACCCUCCUCCUCCCAGUGAGCAGUUUGUAGCAAGUGGUCCAACGCGGGACAUGAUAAAUGACUACGCUGCAACCCCACCAGUGAUGUUUCCACAUGUCUGCACUCUGUGUAACAUAGUUUGUCCUACCAUGAGGGAUUGGCUCCCUCACCAAAACACCAACCAUCACCUUGAAAACUGCAAACUGCUUCGAAAACGAUUUCCACAGUGGGAUGGCAAUGCAGACCAUUUUCUUGGUGCUCCGGGUAAUACUGCAAACCCCUGUCCUUCACCUUCUGCCCAGUCAUGGCUGUAUGGUCAUGAGAAAAUCCAACAUGAGAGACGUUCCUGCUCACACAGCCCCCGACGUUACAGCCGAUCAAGGAGGAGAAGGGAAACAUCCAACAGCAGUUCUCGCUCACGCUCCCACAGCCCACAAUGGCGUCUGAGCGGCAGUAAGUCCAGUAGAGGUUCCCAUUCCCUCUCAUACAGUCCACGGCAGCACCAAACUAGGAGCAGGUCCAGGGGCAGUUCCUGCUCCAGCAGCCCCCAUCGCCACCACAGCUCCAUGAGCAAAAUGGUGAAACGCAGCCGAUCAAGAUCGAAAUGCCGGUCCAGACGCUCUCGCAGCCCUUUUUCAUCCCAUCAAUCACAUUUAAGAGGUCAUGAGAGACGAUCCCCAUGCAGGAGGAAAGAUGAGAAACAGUUCACACCAAGGAGAAGCUGGAAGAGACCGUCAGUCUCGGGGAGACCAACUUCUCAAAGAAGGAGGUCAAGCAGUGCAGAGAAACUACUGAAAACAUCAGAAAUUCAUGCUCCAUCAAAACCGUUUUAUUUGGACACCGCGGUUGAAACUCCAGAGGUGCCCAAGAAGAAGUCAAGAUCCUCAUCAUCAUCUAAUAAGUUGUCUAAAGUGAAUACUGAUCAUUCAGGUAGUGAGGUGGAGGAGUCGCCACCUCCAACCAUGGUGAAGCUCACCAGUGUUUGUCGGACUUUGACUCACAGUAAAGUGCUUGCUGCUGUGCAGGUGUUUGGGAAAACAACGUCAGUCAUUUUAUACAGAUCUAAAGAAGAGGCAAACGUGCAUUUUGAGAAAGAAGAAGAUGCAGCAAAACUGAGGAUCUGCAAAAACCUCCACAUAGAAGGAGUCCCCGUUAAAAUUGUUGCAGAAAAGCCUGCUGUUGUCAUGAAGACUCCUCCAACUUCUACAGAGGAGCAGAUGAAGCCUCCACAACAUAAAUCUGCAGAGUCCUUUCUUUCCACACCUAAAACCAGUGAAUCCACCUCUCUUGGAAAGAUUGAAACAACUGUAUCUUCAUCUACUGCUGACAACAAAACCAGAGCAGUAUCAGAAACUGUCAGCGGUGAUUCAGCCAAACCAGUGGAAGCUGCAGCACCAAAGCCAGCAGCUCCAGCAGCAGAUGGCAAGCAGGCAUUCAUAUCGGAGUACUCUGAAGAUCCUGGGACAUCCCUGACUGUUGGGGAGAUGUUGGAUACAUACUUGCAUAUACAAAGUCUGAGUUGUAUUGAGAAGAAGGAGAAAUGCCUUACACAAGAAUUCAGUCUGCAAUCGGUGUUAAUCAGCAACCUUCCAAAGUAUACUGAUGGUCUUUACAAAGAGGAAGAAGUUGCUAAGUUGCUUCACCCGUUUGGAUUUCAACAUGGAAGAGACCAGAUCUAUGGAAUUCCUCAAAAAGACCUGGCCAUUGCCUUAAUGCCGAGUGCAAAGGAUCUACAAAUGCUUUUGGGAAGGACAUGGAAUGGCAUUCAUUUUAAAGAUAAUAUUCUUUGUUUAAGGCCUCUGAACACUAAACUCUCAAUGACCUGGUUUGGGUUCUAUAGAUCUCUGAUGAAUCUGAUGCAUUUUAAAGUUACUGAUAAUGGAGAAAGAACAGUUUACAUCGAGGGCAUCUCACUAGAGGAGACCAUGGAGCUCAGGAAGGCUUUGAGAAAAGUGGUUUCUGUCAGAAACUUCCUGCCUUUGCUCAACAAGCUGUAUGUGGAGUUUCAGUCAGCUGAAGAUGCUGAUCAGCUCGGACUUUCAUACAGUCUCAAUAAAAAAGAUUGUAUGCACACAGUGUACAGGUCCUCCAUGUCAAGAGGUCCCAGAUGUAAAUGUGCUUCUCCACUGGGAAGUUCUCCACCUUUUUGGAUCACAAUGAAAGCCAGACCAUAUCUGUUCCCGACUGUGUCUUCGUGGUGGUCGAACCCCACUUAUCUAACAGCCAACACAAUAAAGGAAGUUGAGAAAGCGAGCAGGAGGGGAGCAGCCAAGUUCCACACAGUGAUGCUGACAGGUUUUCCAUAUGGACAUUACACACACACAGGUGUUGCUAAGCUGCUGUGGCCUUUUCUGUCCAAGGAGAAACGUCACACCAACGUGUUCAUUCUGCCACUGCAGAAAAGGGCCUUUGUGUAUUUCAGCAACUGGUCUUCGUGCCACGAUUUUAUCAUAAAUCACAUCACCAAUCCACUUCAUUUCAAGGGCAGUGCUAUCCACGUCCACAUUGUCCUACAGGAAAUGGGUUUCAACUCCAACGAGGUGACUGUGUACAGAAAUCUGAUGAAGUGGAGCAACUGUGAGAUUCCAGACCCAGCGUCUCUGGAGAGCCGGAUGCUGUCCAUCGAAAUCUCCGUGGUAUCUGUGGAGCUCAUCAGGAUGAUCAUGCAGAGUGUAGCAUCCAUUGCUUCUUUUGUCAACUACUUGCCGUUAGCCAACAAAAUCUACAUUGAGAUGCCUUCAUCCAGCGAUGUAACACAGGUGUUGAAGAAUUUUAAUCGUUCAAACUUGCGAGCUGAGUUUCGGCAACAUGUGUCCCACAUUGAACGCUUGAAAAGUACCCAAAGCAGUUUGAAGACUGCAGAGGAGGCAUCUGACCACAAAUCAGCAGAAACCUCAUCAGAGGUGGAUCCAAAUGCCCUGGGACAAGAGAUAAAGAUUAUAAAUGAAGCCAAGAGUCCAGAAACAGAUUUAAAGGAUGAAACAGCCCAGGAGGCGAACAAAAGUCUGGACAAGGAAAGGAAUCAGAAUGGUGAUGACAAAAAAGAUAAAAUCUUAGAUUCAUUCAAAGAUCAAGCUGACAAAGUUUCCCCAGAGGAGUGCAGUGAAACGGAUGCUUCUCUCAAGAAAGAAAGCUUCACAGCAGCACAGAUGUCUAAAGAAGACGGGAUUCAAUUCCACACAGCCAAUGAAUCCACAGAUAAAGAUGCUGCUGUUCAAAAUGCAGGAUUAGACAAAAACAGGCAAAGCCCAAAAAGAAAUGGAAGUAGUGGAGAACAGGAAGAAGGUAAAAUAUUGUCAGAAGAUGUUGAUCAAAUCAAAGAAUCAGACCAGAAUGUGGAGGAUGAAAGUAAUGGUUGCCCAGCGGAGUGCGCUGAGAUUGAAGACGGUGUAAUCCAGCAGGACAGUCAUGUGGUUGAGGAUGACGCUUCUACAUCAAAGCAGAAGUCUGAGGUAGACACGACACACGUAGUCAACAAUUCUGAUAAAUCAGCAGAAGAAGAUACAGCUGAUACAAAUGACAACCAAACUCCAAAGAUCAGGGAAGACAGGGAAAGUAUAACACAGGAAGACGAAAAGGGGGAUUUAGAGGAAUCCUCCAACAUCUCCGAAGAUGCUGGCCAAAUUUCUAAUGACACAAAACAGCCUCUUAAAGACAGAAACCGCAAAGACGCCUCAGAAGUUUUAAACGAACAAGAAGCCUUAGAGACACUGGAUUCAGUUAAUGAUCUGAACAUAAGAGGAGAUGACAGUCUGAAGCUUGAAACUGAUCAAAUCUCUAAAGCAGAUGUUGGAUCCACAGAUGAGGAUAAAGAUAUGUGCCAGGCUGAUUCUGUGGAGGAUCAGCUACUAACCACAGACACGGAGUCAGUGGCUGUCAACAAGGAAGAAAGUACAAAGAAAGAUGAUGCGACACCUGAAAGAGACGUCAGACCAUCCCGGAGGAGUGGUUUAAGAAGCAGAACAUGUAAAAGUGAAGAAGAAUCACCAAAGAAACAGGACAGGGCGGAUGAACAAGGGGCUCGAACAAAGCACAUUACAGGAAAAGAUAAACAGACCAAUGAAGACACGGAGGAGACGGUUUCUGAAGUAGCGUAUUCUAUUCAAGAUAAAUCUGUUCAAGAAAUCCCAACCACAAAACGAUCUGGUAGAAGAAGAACCACCAGAGGAACAAAUCCAGAAACUACGUGUACGAUUUUAGACUCUGUGGAGGAUGAGGCUGCCUCGAAUGAACCGGCCAUCAUGACAAGAGCUACCAGAGGAGGAAGAGAGAAACUUAAAGAUGCUGAAGAGAAAUCAGGUAAAGCCGAGACCCCAACAAGAAAGAAGAACACACCUGCCAGAGAGAAAACCACAAAGAGGGAAGACAAAGCUCUACUAAGAGACACAAGUGGGGAAGAGGCUGUUGAGGAUGUUCAACCUGCAACCCAAGUAAAACCAAGGAGGGGAAGACCAAAGAAAGACGUAAAAACAUCAAAAAAGCAAAGUGAAGCAAAAGAAGACUUGUCCAAUAAGGAGGAGACUCUUCUUCACUUAGCUAAUAAAAGAGAGGCGGGUCAUGAUGGUCUGUCUGCUGCAGAAAGACAUGUUAAUGAAGAAAAGGAAAAGACACUAAAAACAGAUGCUCAAAAAGUGGACAAACCAGGAAAUGAGUCCAGAAGUGAUGCUGAAAUGAAAAAAACGAAAGAAAAAUCUGACUCUGAGAUGAGACUGAAUGUAAACAAAACGAGCAGUGCUGAGAAAGACGAAGAGAACGAAGAUGAAGCUGGGAAAACCUCCAUUUCUGCUAAACGCAAACAUGACGACAGCACAGAGGAGAAAACAAGCUUUAUGAUGGUGGAUGAAGCUGUACCAACCAGGAAAAGAGGUCGACCCAGGAAGAAAACCAGAAAUACUCCUGUGAGAAAAUCUGCCAGAGGGAAAACGGUAAACACAGAAAACGAGAGAGAAGACGAAAAUGAGCCUCCUCCUCCUGAUUCACUCAAUUCCUCCUUGACGCUGACCAAAGAUACCAUUACUCUUUCCAAUGAUGUCCAACUGGAGAUCCAGAGGACAGACGAGGAAGCAGCGAACCAAUCUGACGUCAGUGCUGCUUCUGCCGGGCAGCAGCUGCAGCCUGAGACACUGGUUGGAUGUGAAAAGGAGGAGGAGGAAGGAUGCAGCAGCGAGGAUGUUGAAGUAAUUAGUAAAGGGAGGGGGGAGUGUGUCGGACCUGAAGCAAAACGAGCUCGUUCUCAGUCUCCUGUUGACAGCUUAAAGCUGUCAUCGUGUGACCCCGACCCUUCCCUCGGUCUCUGACACAGAUGUGCACUGCACCAGUGAGACACACAACAACAAUCUGCAGAAACACUACCAGAAGCUUCGGCAGAAACCUUCAGGAACAAAGGCAUGGAACUUUAUUACUGACUGAUCAACAUAAACCACUGAUUAAAAGUGUGGUUGAGUUCAUGAUUAAACCACUAAGUUCAUUCUAAACAUGUAUUCAUUUCUAAACUCUCUUUUCAAUACUUUAUAAUUUCACUUCGUGGAAUAAUAACUUAAUGUUUGUUGUUUUGUUUUUUAAAAUAAACUUAAAUUA